AUGGUACCAUCAAAGGAUGGACGCCUUUCGAGAUUGUGGAACAGGUUGAAGCACCCGAAGACAGAUAGCGACAAUUUCACCCCUCGGAUUACAGCAGCGUCCGAUGCUUCGAGCCAGAAUUCGCAGUGCGGGAUUCCUAUCCAUAAUGCCCUUUGGUACACAGCUUACAAGAACCUCAAGAAUGACCAGAGCAAAAAGAAAUAUGUUGAAGCGUAUGAACAACUGGUCGCUGAGCGUUUUUUGAGACAGUCGUCUGGAAAGGUACCAUUUCCAGACCCGGAUGCUGGCCAGCCCUUGUCUGCUCAAGAAGAGCAAAUGAGAAUGAUCAUCAAAGAAGGCCUGGAAAAGAUAAAAAAACCCAAGGCCGUGGUUGAGAAAUCCGAGGAAGUGCUUCGAGUCAUGAAGCCCUUGAUGGCCAUUGUGGAAAUCCCGUUGAAAAACACCCCCCAGACUUCGCUGCCUUGGGCGGUGAUUUCCUCUACGCUGGAUAUUCUGGCAAAUCCCGUCAAAGCAGGAAUAGGCCUUUACAAUGGCAUUGCGUUUAUUUCUUCCAGAAUGGACCGAUACACCAAACUCACAGACCAGCUUUUGGAUAAGAAAGACAUCCAGACCGGUACACCUCUUGAGGCAUUGGGAAGUGAUCUCCAUGAAGAUAUCCUCGGCCUGUACCAGUCAAUGCUUUUUUACCAGAUAAAAAGCAUUACUGAUGACGCAACGAGAGAGCACGAGGAUUAUGGGAAAUGUCUCCGAAACAUUCGCGGUGUUGAUCCACGGAAUCAAAUCAAAGGCAUCCAGGAACAAGAGGAGUUGAUUGAAGACCUGUACUCAUGGGUUCUCGAGACAUCCGAAUACAAGCAAUUCGCAGAUUGGGAUAACCAAGAAUCCCCAGCGAUGCUGUGGAUCAGCGGGGUAGCAGGAACAGGAAAGACCAGACUGUUACUGGGUGUGAUCAAAGAGUUGAUGAGACAAGGGCUCUCUGAUCCUGACCCUCCGGUGGUUCUGUAUUUCUUCUGCCAGAGAACCGACGAUAGAGCAAACACCAGUGUGUCUAUCCUUCGGAGUCUCAUAUGGCUCUUGCUUCUUCAACAACCCCAGCUGUUCCCUUAUAUACAAUCUAAGGUUUUUCAAUCCGGGGAGAAACUCAUCACAGACAAGCACGCCUUUAUUACCCUGCGAGAGAUUCUCGAGGAAAUGCUGGCGGAUAAAUCCCUAAGCCGGACUGUUUUCGUCAUUGACGCCAUGGACGAAUGCGAAGAUGCAACCAGGAGCCAGCUUCUCUCUUUUCUCAUCGAGACCAAACAGAAAUUCCCCAAAAUCAAACAUCUUCUAUCCAGUCGACCGUGGGUGGAAAUUCCGCAAAGCAAGCAGAACAUCCCCAUUCAAUCCCACAGUAUCAUCGAUUUUGACCAACGUGAUCGCUCCGAGUUUAUCAACAUGUAUAUCAAACGGAAGAUGUCUGGUUUAAAGAAGGAGCUCCAACAUCGGAACGCCACUUUCACUGAUGAUUAUAUCGAGGGAAUCGGGCAAGAGUUGCAAAACAAAGCAAGCAACACAUUCAUCUGGGUUUCAUUGGUCUUCAAGGGGCUCUAUAGCUUGUGUGAGGAAAAUAUCUUAUUUAAACCUGUGUGGGAUGAGAUUGUCAAAAAUGUUCCUCGCGAUCUACAGGAUCUAUACACGUUUCUGCUUGAGCGACUGGAUCAUGCUCUGAGUUCCAAACUCAUGUCAGCUUGGUGCAAACAAGUUCUGGCAGUUGCAAUGCUUGCUCGUCGUCCAUUGACCUUGUCAGAGAUUGAACUGCUUGCACUGCCAGAGGAUCUAAAGGGUCAGAACGCGGCGCAGCGAAUUGUCCAGGAUUGCCAGUCUUUCCUCACAAUCCGCAGCGAGACUGUCUAUUUCAUCCACCAAUCGGCUCAGGACUAUCUGCUCGAGCAUUCUGCACGUCUAUGUACCGGGCCUGAAAGUCUUGUUGGUUCUGACUGCGCCUUCAAUAUCCACCGCACCUUCCACUACCAGAUCUUCGAAAAGUGCUUGGAGGGAAUGAAGGAUACAUUGAAACAGGAUAUAUACCGGCUUGAACGCCCUGGAACCAUGUCUGAAGAAAUAGAAACACCAAAUCCUGACCCGUUGCGCUCUGUCCGAUACGCAUGCCAAUAUUGGGCUCACCACUUUGCAGAAGGUUGUUUUAGGACAGUUGACAUAUGGAAUAUCCUCCAUUUCUUUAAAGAGCACUUUCUCCACUGGCUAGAAGCAAUGAGUCUUUUGGGAAUUUUCCCAGAGAGUGCAGGGCUUAUUGAUCAGUUAUCAUCACUUCCUCAAGUGCAAGAAUAUUCAGACAUUUUCAGUUUUCUAUCAGAUGCAAAACGAUUUAUUCUCAAAAACCUAUCAAUUGCUGCCAUGGCGCCCCUCCAGCUUUACAUAUCAGCACUCAUCUUCACCCCCGAGAAAAGCAUUGUCAGACGCAUGUUUAAAGGGAAGGUUCCUAGCUGGAUCUUAAAGUCACCAAAGGUUGAACAAGAAUGGGGUGCACUUUUGCAAACCCUAGAGCACAUAAGCAUAGUUUCUAGUGUUACUUUCUCUGGUGACAGUCAGCUGGUAAUAUCGGGUUCAUUUGAUGGUGCAAUCAAAGUGUGGGAUACAGCCACAGGUGCUCUACAGAAGAUUCUAAAUCAUGAAAGUCCAGUCUAUGCCAUAGUACUCUCGCCAGACGAACAGUUGAUGGCCUCGGGGACAGGAUAUGAGAUCUUGCUGUGGGACACGAAUACAUGGAAUAGGGUUCAAGGAUUGAAUUACCAAAAUGAUGGAUAUUUCGAACUUGUGUUCUCACCAAACAGCCAAAUCCUGGCCGCGAGGUCAGAAGAUUCCAAAGUCACAGUUUGGGCAAGAUAUGCGAUAGAAUGGAAUGAGAAAUGGACACACAUGCCCUCAGGUCCAGUUCUGAAUAUAUCAUUUGAUUCCAACAGCGAGUUUAUAUGGCUGCAAUUUACCGAUUUUACGACUGAAAUGUGGAAUGUCAAUAACGGCACAUUGGAAAAAAGAAUGGAGCCACCUAACAAACCUACCACUGUCCAUUCUGCAGUAUUCUCCCCGGAUCGCCAGCUUCUUGCCUCGCUUGAACAUUAUGAAUGUGACACUGUUCAGAUAUGGAAUACAGCUACAUGGGAUCUUAAGCGCCAGAUCAGGAGCAAGUCCAUUAAGAUAAUCGAUAUUUCUCCAAACAAUGAGCUGCUGGCAUUGGCUCUAGAUAAUAAAGUGUUUGAGCUAUGGAAUAUUGAAUCUGGAAUUCUUCAACAGACGUUGAAAGACCAUUCAUCCUGGACUGUAUCUAUGAAGUUCUCCCCAGACAGCCGGUUGUUAGCAUCAAGGUCAGUCGAUAGCACAGUUAAGCUAUGGGAUGCAACCUUACAAAACACCGCAUAUGAACCCUCAGACUGCCACUCAAACAGCCUUCCAGGCGUCGUUGCUAAAGUGAAAUUCUCCCCAGAUGGUCUACAAGUAGCAACAGGAAGCGUGGAUGGUCCAUUGAAGCUAUGGGACCCACGCACUGGCAAUCUAAGAGUGAGUAUUCCUGGUAUUUCAGGAAUAGUAAGAGAAAUAGCAUUCUCUCCAGACAGAAACCUAGUGGCAAUCGGGUCUUUCGAUGGCAACCUCAAAGUAUGGAACACCCAGGGUGGAGACUUCAAAGAGAUAUUGGAGCCGAAUCAAGGUCUCAAAUUUGAGGAGUUAGAAUUCUCUGCAGAUAGCAAAAUGAUACGUGCAAGGCAGAAAGAGAAGUUCAAAGCUUGGGAUGUGGAAACAGGCUCCCUUGCUAUAGAAGACUUGACCGAUCACUUCAAAAACAAAGAGAUACAGAGCUUGGAUUCGGAUACAGAAGGUGAGAUAUUCAUCCGUGGUCAAUGGAUACUGAAUGGGCGGGAGGAAAUUAUAUGGCUCCCUCCAGAGUACAGACUUCUCUAUGGUAGUUGGGAUGUACAUAAUGAUACCGUUGCUAUUGGACAUCUUUCUGGCCAUGUUUCUUUCAUUUCACUAGACCUGGAUAGCGUGCCCUGA